AUGCCUGCAAAAAUCUAUCGGUCGCCAUUCCCGGACCUACAGAUCGAAUCUGUAGAUCUACUCUCUUACUUGUUUUCCAAUCCUUUGAACAUACCAUUGGACCGACCCCUAUAUAUUGACGCUAUCUCGGGAAAGCAAUACACCUAUGGCGAUGUUAUCCAACGCAUAAAGUCCUUGGCAAACGGACUGAAGCAGGCAUUUGGUCUCCAGUCCGAAGAUGUGGUGGCUUUAUUCAGCCCCAACUCUAUCGAGUAUCCUAUCGCAUGCCAUUCGAUUGUCGGUGCGGGUGCUAUCGUGGCCCCGACCAGUGCUGCAUUGACGGCCUUGGAACUCAAUGCUCAGCUUAAGACUAGCCGAGCCCGGUUCAUCAUUGUCCAUUCCUCUUUGCUUGACACAGCGCAAAGAGCCGCGAAGGCCACUUCUAUUGAGAAGAUCAUCCUUCUAGAUGGCUCGUCGCCAGUCAAUGGUCAGCCUACAUGCGAGUACAUCGCGAAUACAUUUGCCCCCGCUCCUCUGGUGACGAUUCCGUCCUCGGAAGCCUCAAAGAAGAUCGCCUUUAUCUGCUUCUCCUCUGGUACUUCUGGCCCCUCCAAGGGUGUCAUCACCACGCAUCAGAACCUCACAUCCAACCUCCAACAAUGGCGUGCCCAUAUGCUCGAGACGGGCUCUCCCUCGCAACGGGUCCAGCGUAAGAAUGCCAUCGCAUUCCUGCCAUUCAGCCACAUCUAUGGCCUCAAUUUGUACAUGUGUCAAUGCUUGAUCUGGGGAACAUCCGUGGUCAUGAUGCCCAAAUUCGACUUGGACACAUACCUGAGCUGUAUCCAGAAGUACCGACCCGAUGAGCUUUCCCUGGUUCCCCCAAUCGCGCUCAUGAUUGUCAAAGACGAGCGUGUUGAGAAGUAUGACCUUAGCAGCGUGAAGAUUAUUUUUUCUGCUGCUGCCCCUCUCACCAAUGAGCUAUCAUCUGCCGUAGAGGCAAAGUUCAAAACAGUCUGGGGCACUGAGGUCUUUUGUACGCAGUCUUGGGGUCUGACCGAGACCUCGCCCAUGGCCACGGCUGUUCCAAAUGACCGUAUGGAUAAGCGUCAAUCGGGCGUUGGUUGUAUCACCAAUAACAUGGAGUUCCGCUUCGUUGAUCCGGAUACCAUGGAGGAUGCUGCGGUCAACCCUGAUGGAACCACACAGCCUGCCGAGAUCUGGUGUCGUGGCCCCAAUGUUACUCGCGGGUACUAUAACAACGAAGAAGCGACAAAUGGUUCAUUCCAUACCGACUCGGAUGGGAAGAAGUGGUUCCGCACCGGAGAUAUCGCGACGAUCGACCGAGAAGGCUAUGUCACUAUUCAAGAUCGCAUCAAGGAGAUGAUCAAAUACAAGGGUCUCCAAGUCAUUCCGAGUGAGCUCGAAGGCAAGCUGAUCGACCACCCGGACGUCGAGGAUGCCGGCGUUGUGGGAGUGUGGGUGGACGAGAAAGCAACUGAGCUGCCAUUGGCAUUUAUCGUUCUCAACCGCCAGGCUAAGGAUAGAGAUCUCAAGACUGUUAUAGAUGGGAUCCACUCAUGGUUGAACCCAAAGAUCGCAAACCACAAGCGCCUUCGAGGUGGUAUCCAUGUGAUAGAUCAGAUUCCGAAAAGUCCUAGUGGGAAGAUUUUGCGAAGACAGCUUAAAGAGCUUCUGAAGAACAGGAAACCAAAGGCGCAGUUGUAA